AUGAACUGCACUCCUAAUGCCACCAUCGAUCCACAGCUGGGACUUGCCUUAGGCCCAGAGGAAGAAGAUGCUGGAUCCGAGGAAAGUGGUGGUGGCGGUGGUGGCGGAAGCAGUGGGGGCCUUUGGGUGACCUCCCUGCUCGGCGUUACUCUCAUGAUCAUGUGCGCCUUGGGUGUGGCAGGCAACAUUUACACUCUCAUUAUCACUCGAUCUGCUGCUUUGCGCCGCACCGGUUCCAUGUACGUCUACAUCAUCAAUCUGGCUCUGGCUGACCUGCUCUACCUCUCCACCAUCCCCUUUGUGGUCUGCACGUACUUCGCCCAUGACUGGCUGUUUGGCGAGGCUGGCUGUCGCAUCCUCCUGAGUCUGGACCUUCUCACCAUGCAUGCCAGUGUCUUCAUCCUGGUCGCCAUGAGCCUUGAGCGCUACCGUGCUGUGGCUAAGCCCUUCAGUGCUCACAGGUCCUCAUCCCGCAAUCGCAAGAUAGUCGCAGGGGUCAUCUGGGGGUUAGCUUUCAUGCUAACACUUCCCAUGAUGGUGAUGAUACGUCUCAAGGAGGGCAAACCGACUGCAUCAGGUUUGGUGAAAAGGAUCUGCUUCCCUACCUGGACUCCUGAACCCUUCAAGGCAUACAUCACCCUCCUGUUUUUGACAAGUGUUUUAGUACCUGGACUGGUGAUCGUUGGGCUGUAUAUGGGGCUAGCUAGGCGAUACUGGGCUGCACAAGCUAGCCUAGGAGGGAGCAGCCGCUCCUCCAGGAGGAGAGGACUCAAACAGAAAGUCGUAUCAAUGAUCUUUAGCAUUGUUGUUGCUUACUGGGCUUGUUUUUUACCUUUCUGGGGAUGGCAGCUAGCCAAACUGUUCUCCCCAGAAUCCCUCAGAUCGCUUUCUUCAGCUGCUCAUAAUUAUGUGAAUUUCUUUGUUACAUGUCUGACCUAUGGGAACAGCUGCAUCAACCCAUUUCUUUACACACUACUUACCAGGAACUACAAAGAUUACUUGGCCCAGAAAGGUCAGUCUGUCAGUUCAAGCAGGGCUGACCCCGGGUCAGCUGUGACUACACCACUGCAUGACCUUUAG